GGGGGGGUGGGGGGAACAUGGUAUUCCCUUCAGCCUUGCUGGCUUGUGCCAAGAGAUGUUGAAAUCCCUUGCUGAUGGGCCUCAAGUGCAGACAGGAGGUACUGCAGGCAGAAAGCAUCCUGGGGCUUUGAGUCAGUUGGUCCCAGCUGCAGCUCACGUCCUCAUGCCUGUGUGUGAGCUCUGUGCCAGAUACUACGUCUGUAUCUUGCUGUGCAGGCCUGCCUGGCGGAGUCUGCACUUUCUGUGUCCAAACCUUGUUGGGGUAACACUGCAAAUCUCCCCAGGUCCUAUUCUUUGAAUCUUUCACCCGAAGGCUGUGCAAACCCCCUGCUCCCCACCAUGCUUGAAUACCUGCUAGCAGGCGUUGCUGCUAAGAGUUUUUAAUGAGACUGAUGUCAUCACCCACAGGAUCCAAACUGCUGGCCUAGAGCACAGAAACUGGAACAAGAGGAAGCCCUGUUAGUUGGGGGUGAAACACUUCAGGCAAAUAGUUCUUUUUGAGGGUGUUACCUUCUGGGUUUUUUUUUCUUUUCAUAUGCUUCAGAGAGAUGAUUAAAUUAUUGAAGUGAUUAAAGUUUAUUUGAACAGCAUUAGCUAAGCUAAUGAAGCUGUGAUGCAGAUAGGAGUCAUCUGCUAAUGCAAUAUAGGGUGCCUUGUGUCUGUAUAGCUUGUUGUGCUUUGCUGAGCCUCAGGCUAGGAUCCCAUUGUGAGUCUGGAAUAUUGAUAUAAUUGUCCUCACUAGAAGGGAUUUGCACUUUUACUGUACUGGCAUAACUAAAAGGGACAAUAUCUUUAGUGCAGAUGUGGCACUGUGCCUUUGCACUUUGAAUAGCUUUAAGUCCCAAGAAUUACUUGCACUUGGUUGUUGUGUUUGUAAGCCUUUGUUGGAGCAGCUGCUCAUCUGGAAAAACUACCUGAUCUUUAUUGACUCAAUCGAAUUUCUUCUGCAGUAGAAAUCAUUUUGAGUCUUGCCUUUUGUUUUGAGACAGUUGCGAUGCUGAAAGUGAUGCCUCUGGUUAGGUAAAAUGACUAAUAUUUAAUGUAUAUAUUUAUACUAAAAUUAGCACCUUUCUAUUAUAUUCUAUGGAGAUAAAAUAAGGCACGUUGCUGUUUCUCUAAUGUGCGAAUAUAGAGGAUGCUACAGCAUUUGAUGGAGAACCAAAUCUCCAUUGAGGAAGUGUUCUGCCCAAAGCAUUUGAGUUCUGGGUCUGAAAGCACUCAGUUCUUAAUCCAGCUCCCAAAUUAUCUCAGGGCUGCACAGGAUGACGGGAAGCCAAACAUUCUGCUGGACUUGGGUCCAAGAUUUUAAUGUUUAAUUUCUGACUUUAGGAAUGAAACUUUGUGAUUUAGGUGCAACUGAGACGUGCUUAAGGAGAGGUAAAGCAUCACUCUUCCUGGUAAGCACGUGAUGAUUUCAUUUCAUCAGCCUCUGCUUACUGACAAUCAUCUCUGGUACUAUGGUACAAUCUGAGAUAUGAUUUCUGUAUUACUGUAAACUCAGAGUGAUUUUUUUAGAUGCUGUUUGCGACGUAAUGUUUUGCACCAUAAAUCAAAAGGCAAAUUUUGCCUGGAGUAGCUUAUCAAAUGUGGGAGUUAGCUUAAACAGGACCUCGGGAAUGGAAUAACUGGUUGGCUGACCUGACCAGUUCACAGAAGCAGUUUGGAAAGUUGCAUAGCAUGUAUAAUGGAUUGCCUUUUUAUUAUAAAUUAUAAGUGCCGUAUAAAUGAGGUGUGACACUUCUCCCAGUUUGGUGCUGGAAUGUGGGGAGGCUGUCUGCCCCUGCCUUUGCCUGUUCUGUACGUGUGUUUGCUAGCACAGAUGUGGCCUUGUGCACAGCCUGAGAUGUGUUGCCAUCAGCUUCUCGGGAGUGCUGUGCUCACUGACCAAAGCCUCUGAUGGCAGCUGUAUUUUGUCAAUCUUAUGUUCUACCAACAAAACGUACUUAUGGGUUGUCUCAUCUGUGUAUCGCUGACUUUACAUUUUCUCUAUCUGCUUGUUCUGUAUCAAUUGCCAUUUUAAAACGCUGAUGUGCCUUACUGUCACUGCGGAAGACUGUUUAAAAGAAGAAUUUUCUAUCAGAUGUGGUGAAAUCUGUGUGAUUUCUUUACCAUCAUUAAAAGAUAUUUAUGUUCUUUUCUGCUGUCAGACGUAUGCUUGAUACCUUAGCAGAUGCUUUAAAUUUAAAGAGGAAAAGCCACACAGCUGAGCAGUGACCUACUCCCUGUUCCUCUUCGCAGCUGCACCAGUCACUGUUGUAAAGGUGGUGUGCACAGCUGCAUGCAAACCUGAGUUUCCUAAGCUAGUAUGAACUUUCCCUGCGCUGUGUUUGAUACACAUAAGCACACAUGGAAGUUUUCUGCCAAUGUAGAAAAAAGUAUUAACAAUACAUGGAUGGCCACUGGCUUUCACCUUCUAUCUGGGUGCUCUGUGCAAGUGGCUGCGGUUUUCCUGUGAAGAGACCAUGGCUGUAAUAGGAAAUGCUGACAGCCAUGUGCUGUGUCAGGGUGAGCAGCACCCUCCUGCGGGCCACGUUUGAAUUCCUGAGGUGCAAGAAGUGUCAGAUAUGUGUACUUGCAGCACAUGGUAUCGCCUAUUCAGCUGUAAAUAAUAAUAAUAAUGAUAGAAAUGCUGCAGUGUGUUUCAGUGUCAUUUAACUUCACUGGUUAUGUGACUUGGUCAGGUCAUGGCCAGCAAGAGUCAGAGCAAAAAUAGACCAAUGCUGAGUGCAUUUCUGGGCAGUUACUGUGAGCUUUAUAUAGCCAUACGUGCCCUUGUGUUAUACAAAGGGCUUUCUUGAUCCGGCUUUUACCUGAGGAUACCUUUUACCUUAGGAGACCUCAGCACGUUCUGUGUGGUUUGGGUUUUUUUUUGUGUGUGUCAGUGCCAGGAGUGGUAGGUGCAUUCAGCUUCAGGUGAUGCCAGCAGGAUCUUUCUGCUCUGGGCCAAGCAAACCCAGGGACCUCAGCUGCCCCUCAUAAAUCCUGCCCUUCAGAUCAGUCCCCAUCUUUGCAGCCCUCCUUUGGAUGCUCCUUAGCUGUGAACCAGCCAGCAGGGCAAGUGGCAUCCCACCAGCGUGGCCUCAGAAGCGUUGGGGGCUCGCAGGUAGAAGCAGCGGGCCGGGCCUGGGGCGAUGCCAAGCAGGCUGGGCCGAGUGCCAAUUCAGUAUGAAAUAGUCGUGUCUCCCCGGCUCAUUUCAUGGUGCUUAUCUGUAAUCAAUUUAAUCAGUUUACAGAGCCAUUAUGGAAUUCUCAAUUAUUGGCUGGAUAAUUUAGAAAAGAGUCAUUAGCGCUAGGCGUUCGUCACGCAGGAGGAACAGCAACAAGCUGUUGUGAAGCUAGCGAGGAAUUGCUUUCAUUCUCCUUAUACAAAUAGGGAAUGCUCCCCAAAUCCCCAAGCUGAUGUACUGUGAGGUGCUGGGACUUUUCCAUGCUUUACAAGCAGAGGAAGGAUAAGACCAGUCUGUGGUGUCCCCAGCUGUGGGGCAGUUGGUGCCUGGUGUUUGUAUUGCAGCCAAAGAUGCUCUUCCACAUCCAGUUAGAUUUGCUAUCCCUACACAGAAUCCCUCUCCGAAGGAUUUUCUAUCUCACAUCUUCUGAAGUAAACUUCAAACAUGAUUUGCAUGUUUGUCUUUGUGGACCAUUGGUGGGAGGGAGCAGUAGUUCAAAUGGAUGCAUUUUAUUGUUAUUUAUUUGUGGGGUCCUUUGUAUCUCUCAAAAGUGGAGUAACUGCAUUAACAUGUGCAGUCUGAGGGUGAGUGGCGCUUCUGGCCUCACAGUGUUUAUGUUUGAAGAGAACCUUUGUUUUGGCCUUGCAUGCUCUGCUCUGACCCCCCACACAUUAUCAUAAACUGAAAAAUAACAGGAGGCUACAAAAAACUGUUUUGUUUUCUGGGAUGGCCUGGUGCACUGCUUCCAGACCCUCUGGUGUCCUCCCUUUCCAAGCUGAAUUUGAAGGAACUGCAGGACAGGUUCUGAUAAUUAUGGUCCCCGAGUUCUGUUUAAAACUUUGCCAUGUCUCAGCAAUGGGGCCAAUUCUGAGCUUGUCUCCUUUUUCUUGGUUUUCCCUUAAAAAAAAAAAAUGAAGCUUUGCAAAUGUCUGCAUCUUGAAAAUUCAUUUCCAAGGGGAACUGAACCAGCAGCUGUCUGAAAAGACAGUAAGGUCCCAACUGUGAAGGGAAAGAAAAGCACCUCAUUUAGAUACCCAGCAUCAUUGCUUGGCUCACUUGCUGUGUUUUAUUCAAGUGGCGUGUGAUCUUGGGACCUGCAGAGCUGUGGGGUACACCCAUGUGCUAAGGCAGAGCGGUCAAUUUAUGGAGCCACAACAUUUGGAAUGCUACCUGAAAAGCUUCCAGGAGCCAAAUAGUCAUAAACGUAUUCACGUACCUGGAAACAAAUAAAAAAUCAUUGCAGAUGCUGUUAGCUCUGUUUCACGGAAAAUAACUGUAUUGCCUAAGAUGUAGCUAGUCCUGCUAAACACAAACACUGCAUUGACACAGCAGCAGAGAAGUGAACUCAAUGCAAUUAUCCAUUGCAAGGUGCCUGGGUAACAAGCACGUACCCAGCCAAUUUCCUGAUAUCUUUCUAUUUCAGGAUAGAAACCAUCUGGAAUUAUAGAAUCGGUUGAGUUGUAAAGGACCACUAAAGAUCAUCUAGUCCAUCUCCCUUGCAAUGAACAGGGAUAUCUGCUGCUCAGCCAGGUUGCUCAGCGCCCCUUUAGCCUGACCUUGGAUGUCUCUGAGGAUGGGGCACCCACCACCUCUCUGGGUAACCUGUGCCAGUGCCUCACCUUUCUUCCUUUAAAACACUUCUUCCUUAUUUCCAGUCUAAAUCUCCUCCAUUUUAGUUUGAAGCCAUUUCACCUUGUUCUAUCACAACAGACCCUGCGGAAGAGUCUGUCCUCUUCUUCCUUACAGCCCCCCUUUAGUAUCUAAAGAUACUAAAGUCUGGCCUCUCUCUUUUCCAGGCUGAACAGCUCCAUCUCUCAGCCUCUUCUCACAGGGGAUGUACUCCAUCCCUUGGAUCAUUCUUGUGGCCCUUCUCUGGACAUGCUCAAACACGUUCACAUCUCUCCUGUACUGAGGACUCCACAUCUGGAUGCAGUGCUCCAGGUGAGGCCUCAUCAGGAAGGAGUAGAGGGGCUGGAUCACUUCCCUCUCUUUGCUGGCCAUGCUUGUUUUUGGAUGCAGCCCAGGCUACGGUUGACUUUCUGGGUUGUGAGGGCACAUUGCUGGCUCAUGUCCAGCAUAUCAUCUACCAUCCCACUGUAAGAAUGAAAUAGCCCUCUGUUGCAGCUCCGCUGUACCUGGAGCUUGGGUUUCCACUGUUCUGGCUCUAGCCGUUUGCAAUGGUAUUGAACAGAUUGUUGUUAUGUUGCUCGAAUGCCAUGCUACAAUGGCAUUACAAUCACAAACUUUGAUUUUUUUUGGAACAUUUUUGCUUGUCUUUAAAAAACAGAGGAUGCCACGUUACGGAGAGGCGAAGUCUUGCCCACAUUUGCACUGUUCAAGCAACAGUCACCAUCUAUCCAACCCAACCUUUUCCACAGUGGAGUUUAACAGGUGCGUUUAUGGUGGCAAUAAAGAUCAACCCGUGAAUAUGCAUUUGAAAACAAACAAUUUCAGAUGUUUAGCUGUAGUGACCUCGCAUUUGGAAGACUUUGUGUCCUCUGCCAGCUGAAGGUCACCUGAACUGCUGUGGAUUUAUUUUUUUUUUUAAGCUCAUCUGUUACACAUUUUCUAGAGUAAAUGUGAAAUGUUUCCAGUUUCUGCCCUUGCCUCACCUCAUGCAGAAAAAGCAAUUUUAGAGUUGUACUCAGCAUUCAGUGUAACCAAGUAUGACCUUACAUUCCUUCUGUCGGGAUGGAGAGUAUAACAAGACCUCUCCUCAGCGCCCACAGGCAGAAGGACUGAGCAGAAGCUGCUCUUGCAUGGAGGCCCUCCAUUCCAAAGAGGCCAUUGAAGAGAACUAAACCCCGUGGGUAAGCCUGCUGGGACAAAGAGCUCGGGAAUGUAAUUGCAUGGAAUAUUUUAAAGUCUAGUAUACAAAAGCAAGUGGGAAUUUGCAUGCAAGAGAGGGAAAGAUGCAGGGAAGGCUUCAGGCAACUUAAAAAAUCACAGUGGGUGGUGGGGGAAGAACAGAGACUGAAGAAAUGGAAAAAAGAACAUGCUGAAGGUUAUGCCUGUGAGAAUUGAAAGUGUGUGGAUAAAUCAAGACUUACAGACCUGUGGCAAGAGGUAAAGGAAAUCACAACACGUAAGAGUUGCAGUGCCUAAGUGAACAUGAAGAAGGAAAAGUGCCGUGCAGUGAGGGCAGGGUUGAAGUUAAAGGCAGCCUAGAUAAUGUCACAAGGGGAGAACAUGCUUUUCCCAUCUUCAUGGUGGGUAGCAAUGACUGUCAAGAUCAGAGCUCCUUGUCCUAAAUAAGAUGAGAUGUCAAAAGAUUGGAUUGUGCUUAGAUGUGUUUCAUCCCAGUAAGUAAGCCAGCUUUAAGGAUGAACCUGGCCAGUUCUUCAAUGACUGAAUGACCAGUUCCUUGGUGACUGGAUUUUAAGAUGAAGGAAUCAUACAAAAGAUAGAGAUGUGGGUCACUUACUGAGCAAGAAGAUGGAGUCUAAGUGAAUAGAGACAAACAGAGACAGGCCAAGAUACAAAAUGAGCUGUCACUAGAAAGGAUUAUAAAGCAGAUGAAGGGAUCAUCUUUUAAGCAUUAGAGGAAUGAAAAGGCUAAGGAAAGGAACAGUCAACAACUGAAAGAAGAGGGAGGAAGAGGGGUCUUAUCAACAGAUGUAUCUGAAAGUAGCUGUGGAGGAAUGGUAGAGAAAGAAGAAUUAGCAUAAAUAGAUAAAUACACUGAGCAGCUGUCUCUCCGACCAUGUCUUCUGCAGGCAGAGAGUGCUGAUGUUCCUCAUUUAUUUACUUCUGUUUACUGAAAUACAGUUUUCUACUGAUGAGAUAAGCAUAACUCAGGAUGCUGGCCUUGCUCUCCUCUUCCCUCAGAACAUGUCAUGGAAUGAUAGAAUUGUUUGAGUUGGGAGGGACCUUUAAAGGCCAUCUAGUCCAGUUCCCUUGCUGAGGGUGCAUUCAAUCCCUCUGUCAGUGUCAUGGAUGAAGAUAUGAAAGCGUCAGUCCCAGUGCUGACCCCUGAGGAGCACCACCUGUCACUGAUCUCCACCCAGAUGUUAAGCCAUUGACCACCACUCUUUGGGUACGAUCUUGCAAACAGUUCCUCAUCCAUGAAACAAUGCAUCUGUCAAAUCCAUAUCGUUCCAGUUUAGAGAGAAGGAUAUUGUGGUGGACAGUGUCAAAGGCCUUACUGAAGAACAGAUAGAUGAUGCAGUGGCUCUUUCUUUGUCCACUGAUGCAGUUAUGCCAUCACAGAAGGCCACAAGUAUUGGUCAGGCAGGGCUUGCCCAAGGUGAAGCCGUUCUGGUUGUCACAUAUCACCACCCUCUUCCGUGUGCCUUGGCAUAGCUUCCAGGAAGAUAUGCUCCAUGAUUGUGUGGAUUGUAUGGAUUUGACACACACCAAGGUUUCUCUUAUCUGUCUAGAAAUAGCCUAUGUCAUCAUGUCCUUGCUUUCAGUGCAUAUCUCUAUGUGCAAAGCCCCUGAGCAGCACAGCAUUGCUGGCUCUGUGCACAGAAUGAGCGUAGUGCAGCAGAGGUGGAAGCACCUGGCACAUAGCUUGAGGUGAGAGUGUGAUGGUGUCUGGUAGGUGCACGAUGGUAGAAAAGCUACCAGAAAAGAAAAAUUACGUUUGUUUCACUGGAGGGUUUUUUGUGUUUUGGUUUUUUUUGGAACAAAAUCAUGUCAAGAAUAAAUGAAGAUCUGAGCAGAGAAGCCCAGUGGGACUUGGGCCCUGGGGAGGGGCAGUGCCAUAGCACACAUAGGAAGAUUUCUGUGCAUUGCUCCCCUUGUUUAGCCAACACAUCCCCAGACACCAGCAAUACUGUUAUCUGGCAGAAGCACUUCUCUAAACUCCUUCAAUCAUUCUUAAUGACCAGAACAAGUUUCCAUCAAAAAUAGUCAUCCAGAAUGUUGUUUGUUUUCAAAAUAUAGCCCUGUUUGGCUGGCUGCACUGUCUUCAUCAGCUGAGGUGAGAUAAAAGAGGCAAUGUCUUGGCAGAAAAAAAUCAGUUUUCUCAAGAGAAGCAACGCACGAGCCAGAAGGAAGGCAAAGGAAACAGGUUUGCAAUUGUUUGGCUUGUGCUUUCUCUGUUCAGUGUGUGCUGUGAGGUGAGAAGACAGGUCUGGCAGCAGGUGAGCAGCUCCACAUGGUUUCAGAGGGACCAUAGGAGCCACGGGACACAGGCAGUUCUCCUACAGCCAGAGCCUUCCUGGUGCAAUGGAGGACAAGUCAAGCCAGACGUCAGGACUGAGCAAAGAUGUACAGAGCUCCCUAACACCAGAAGAGCCUCCUGUCGACUUUAUGCACAUCAAGUUGGAGGAGAAUGAGCCCAUAGACGUCAGGACCAAGGAUUUCAUCCUGAAAAAAGCCAGAGAGGUCUGCAAAUGCAACCACCAAACCAUCAUCACCUUCUUCUGCCAGCUGUUCCCGGUGCUAGACUGGCUUCCCCGUUACAACAUCAAGACGCAGCUGCUUGGGGACAUCAUAUCUGGGCUCCUGGUGGGGAUAGUCGCCAUCCCUCAGUCCAUCUCGUACUCCCUGUUAGCCAACCAGGAUCCCAUCUAUGGAAUCUACACAAACUUCUUCUGCAGUAUCAUCUACGUCGCCAUGGCCACUUCACGCCACAACUCUGUGGGAUCCUUCGGUGUCCUUUGCCUGAUGAUUGGGCAGUCUGUGAAUCGGCACCUCCAGCUAGCGGGGUAUGACGACAACACUGACUCUCUGCUGGUAGGCAAUGCCACCUCCUCCGGUAACGGGACGGGUACCUGUGACAGGAGCUGCUACGCCAUCACUGUGGCCCUUUCCUUGAGCUUUCUGGUUGGUCUUUACCAGAUCCUGCUGGGGGUUUUACAGCUGGGCUUUCUGUCUGUCUACCUGUCAGAACCUCUCCUCAGCGGCUUUGUGGCCGGCUCCAGCCUCACCAUCAUCACCUCUCAGAUGAAGUACCUCCUCGGGCUGAAUAUUCCCCGGCACGAAGGGGUGGGGUCCUUCAUCCUGACUUGGGUGGACCUUUUCAGGUACAUCCCGAACACCAAUAUCUGUGACCUGGUCACCAGCCUGGUGGCUUUGGCCAUCAUAAUACCUGUCAAAAUGAUCAACGAUCGGUACAAGGACAAGAUGAAGGCCCCGGUUCCCAUAGAGCUGCUCGUGGUCAUCAUAGCCACAGUAGUAUCUUACUACUUUAAAUUCGAAGAGCGAUACAAAUCUUCAGUUUGUGGGGCCAUCCCCACUGGUUUCAGGAAACCCACCCUACCAGACACAAAGCUGUUUUCCAGCCUGGCAGUCGAUGCUCUGCCCAUUGCUAUUAUAGGCUUUGCUAUGACUGUCUCCCUGGCAGAAAUCUUUGGCAAAAAGCAUGGCUACGCCGUCCGUGCCAACCAAGAGAUGAUCGCCAUUGGCAUGUGCAACCUGGUCCCAUCUUUCUUCUACUGCUUUGCUAGCUCUGCAGCCUUGACCAAGACUCUCCUGAAGGAGUCCACAGGAACCCAAACGCAGCUCUCUAGCCUGGUCACCUCCCUGGUGCUGCUGCUGGUGUUGCUGUGGAUUGCUCCGCUCUUCUACUCUCUGCAAACCGCCAUCCUGGGGGUGGUCACCAUUGUCAACCUGCGGGGGGGCCUGAGGACGUUUUGUGAAACCCCACGCAUGUGGCAGCUCAGCAAGCUGGACACGGCGGUGUGGUGGACAACCAUGCUGGCCUCCACGCUGAUCACCACAGAGAUAGGGCUCCUGGUGGGCGUCUGCUUUGCUCUGCUCUGCAUCAUCUUCCGCACGCAGAGACCCAGGGCUGCACUCCUGGGCAAGGUCAGCAACACGGAAAUCUAUGAAGACCAGUCUGCUUACAAGCAGCUCAGCAGCAUUGCCAACAUCAAAAUCUUCCGCUUUGGGUCGUCCCUUUAUUAUGCCAACAAAGACUAUUUCAAGACUGCGCUCUACCAGAAAACUGGGGUGAAUCCCAUCCUGCUGGCUGCCAGGCAUCAAAGGGCAGUGACCCAGGCAAAAGCAGACACAGGCAACAGGAAGAGCGUUUUUAAUUCUGUGUUUGGUUGCCUGAAACCUUCCAAGAAACACAUGGGGAAAUCGCCCACAGACGUCUGCCUGCCCUCCCUAGAUAUGCACACUUUAAUCCUUGACUGUGGGGCUAUGCAGUUCAUAGAUACCACGGGUCUCUCCGUGCUGAAAGAGACGCACCGUGACUUCCAGGAGCUCGGCGUCCAGCUGCUCCUGGCCAACUGCAACCCUCUCCUCCGCCGCCGGCUGCGGGAUGGUGGUUGGGCUGCCGGGGCGCACGGCGGCCAGCUGGCUUUCCACAGCGUGCACCACGCGGUGCAGUUUGCACAGCAGUGGCACCGCGAGCAGCAGGAGAGCAAGGAGAGAAGGGAUGCUGACCCGGACCCCGAGGACAUGAGCGUCCAAGCGUCUCUGUAGAGCUGCACGUGAGGAAUGAUUAAUGGUGAAGGUGGGCUUCGCUGCAAUUUUAGGGGUUCGUUUUGCAAGCAGAGCAUCGAAAAAAGACUUUAAUGAACUGUUAGCAGCAGGCACGGAGUAACUGGACAGGGGAAGCGUGGAUUUCAAGGCAGGUCGCCGAUAAUCCGAGAGGCAUUUCGAGGUCAGCCGCGUCGGUAAAAACCCUGGGUGGCUUCCCCUCUGUGGAAAGGGCUGUGCCAGCGAUAUGCGGCACACGGCCACGCGGAACCCCCGGGGCUCCCCCGGCUGCUGCGGUUCCGGACUCGCGUGGGCGCUGGGGGGCACGCGUGAGCCGCGCCGGCCCUGCGGCGGGGAGAGGGGAUGGGUCGGCGGCGGUGUGUGGCUGCAUUGGUGAGGGGAAAAGGAAGGCGCAGCAGUGCAGGCUCUUAAAAGACAGCCGAAUUUGGAGCAGUCCUGAACCUGUCGUUGUUCUCAGUGGUACAGAAACACCCUCCAAAACAAUACCGGUGUUCUCCAACCCGGCGCCAAGGAAACGUUGCUCUACAGAGCGUGCUUAGGGGCAUUCCUAAAUGCAAUGGGAGCUCGUUAUGGGGAGUUUCCUCCUAUGUGCAGUUCCAGUGCCCAGACAGAAUGAAACAGGAAUGCGAGGAUGCAAGAAUCCCCUCCAGGGCUGCUCUCUCAGAAAUUGUGCUGUAGAGAAAUCCACAUCCCCAGGCUCCGGGGCUCCCCAUCCAAACCAGGACCAAGAACCAGCACGGCCCCCACUGUGUCACACGUGGCCCCAUAUUCCUUUGCGCCACCUUUAUUUUGAUCAUCCUUCUCUCCCCUGUGUCUGCUCUGAGUCAAUGUGGGGAACAGAUUGCAGAGGACCAGUUGUGUUCCAAACACCCCAUGGCAGAGAGCAUAACAGUCCCUCAAUGGCCACAAAACAAACACUAUAGAGAACAGGACAGGAUAGAAUCAUUUGAGUUGGAAGGGACCCUUGAAGGCCAUCUGGUCCAACUCCCUGCAAUGAACACAGCUCCAUCAGUGCUCAGAGCCCCUCCAGCCUGGCCUCGGGUGCCUGCAGGGUCAGGGUAUCUAUCUCCUCUCUGGGCAAUCUGUGCCAGUGCCUCUCCUCCCUUAUUGUGAAAAACUUCUUUAUAUCCAAUCCAAAUAUCCCCUCGUUUAGUUUGAAACCAUUUCCCCUUGUCCUGUCACAGCAGACCUCGCUAAGGACUCUGUCCCCUCCUUUCCUACAGCCUUCCUUUAGAUACUGAAAGGUCUCCUCAAAGCCAGCAACAGCAAAACGCUUCCCUUUAAAAACAAACAAGUUUCAGAAAACUGCAGGGAAUUUGUUCAGCCGACAGCCCUUGCUCCAUCUGCAAAUGUACCAUACGUGCUGCAUGUUGAAUACAACACCAUUCCCCUGACCACGUCUAGGAAGCGCCAGCUCUGACAGCUACUUGGAGGCCCAGUGAUGGAGACUUGUAAAUAAAGUGCAUGGGAAAUCUG